CUCUUCCCUCCAAAAAAAAGUCAUUUCUAUAUAUUCGGUAGUAUCUAAGAAUUACUCGUAAACGAAGCCCAACUUGACAGAGAGAGAAAUACAACAGCUACAGAGAAAGAGAGGAGAAACACAUCGGUUUGAGAAAGAGAACAGCAGUGGUCGCUUGCUGCGGGGGGGCGGGGUGGGGGGGGCUACUCAGUAUAAUCCGAAAAAUCAAAAGGAAAGAGAAAGAAAUGCGUAUACUCGUGGUGUAUGUAUAAUGUAUUGUAUAGUGUAUACCCUCCAAAAUCUCAUAUUUAUAUGAAUAUGUAAUUUGCUAAAAAUGUUAGAAUACUUUGCCUUGCUUUGCAGCGGGCUUGAUAAUUCAGGGAAGACUACCAUUGUCUUGAAGAUCAAUGGGGAAGACACCAGCGUAAUCAGUCCCACACUCGGUUUCAAUAUCAAGACCAUCACCUACCAAAAGUAUACUUUAAAUAUAUGGGAUGUUGGGGGCCAAAAAACUAUAAGAUCUUACUGGAGAAACUACUUUGAGCAAACUGAUGGUUUGGUAUGGGUGGUUGACAGUUUGGAUCUUAGACGGUUAGAUGACUGCAAAAUGGAACUCGAUAAUCUUUUGAAGGAAGAGAGGCUUUCAGGAGCAUCUUUACUCAUACUGGCAAAUAAGCAGGACAUAAAAGGUGCCCUUACCCCAGAGGAGAUUGCAAAAGUACUGAACUUGGAAGCCAUGGACAAAACCCGGCGUUGGCAAAUUGUUGGUUGUAGUGCAUAUACUGGUGAGGGGCGCUUGAAGGAUUUGAUUGGUUGGUCCAGGAUGUAGCCUCUCGAAUCUAUGUGCUUGAUUAAUGCCUACUUGGGAGUCAUUUUUUGUUCUUUGACAAUACCAAAGCAUUUAUGGAAGCUAAAAUGGAAUUGUUCCUAGGCUCUUAAGCAUAUUUUCUAUUCAAUGAGAGAAGGUAUCUUUGUUUGAUGGACU